GGGCACCGGUGGGUGGCACUGGUGGGCACAGGUGGGUGGCACUGGUGGGCACAGGUGGGUGGGCACUUCUGGGCACAGGUGGGUGCUCUGCUGGGCACAGGUGGGUGCUCUGCUGGGCACAGGUGGGCGGAGCUAGUGGGCACACUGCUGGGCACAGGUGGGCGGAACUUGUGGGUGGCACUGCUGGGCACCGAUCAUCAGGGCACUGAUCAUCAGUGCCCUGAUGAUCGGUGCCGAUCCCCGCUCUGACAACUGCCGGUUCUCGGCAGUACUUUCCUCACGAUCUGACAGCGUGAGGAAAGUGCAGCCGAGAACCGGCAAUUGAAU